AUGUCGUCAAACGCAAAGCGCAAGCACAGCGAGAUUGCAAACCUGGACGAUGAGCGGCCAGAGCCGAGCAAGCGCCUGGCGGCGGCAUGCACCGCAUGCAGAAGACAGAAAAUCAAGUGCGACAUGAUCAAUGAAGAGCCGCCGUGUUCACGCUGCCAAAGACGCGGUAUCACCUGUGUUCUCCAUACCGCAGUGCGUCACCCUAUGGCGGACGCCAAGCAGGUCGGUUUGAUGGGCAAAGACCUGGCCAACAUCCAUGCCACUCUGGAGAAGAUAUGCCAACAUCUGAAUCUCGAACUGCCGAGACCUUUGGCGACAGGGCAGCAGAACGAUGCAGGUGCUCGAGCCGCCCCCAGGACUGGGGAAGAAGAUGAUGAUCCAGAAGACACAUGUGAGCUGUCGCCACCGGCAUCGCCUUCUACAGCCCACGCCCCGAUGGACAUGUACUUGACAAGCACACAAGAGCCUUCAUUGGGUGUAAAUAGCCCUCGCAGGCUUCGUCGCAGAGGAAGCGAACGAGUCGACAUGAUUAGCAAAGGCCUGAUCUCUCUGGAAGACGCAGAGACGUUGGUGCACAAAUACCUGGAGCAUUUGGACCCUUUCGUGUACGGAAUCACAGGCGGAUACAAGGAUGCGACGCACGUUCGUCGAGCAUCACCAGCCCUCUUGGCCGCGAUGUGCACCGUUGCUGCGUUUCAUGAUCCUACCAACAAGCAUCUAUUUGAGAUCUGCAAUCGCGAGUACAGAUCGAUCAUCUCAAGCUCGCUUUUCGAAAAACGAGAUUUGAAGUUCGUGGAAGCGUUGUGUAUUGGAGCUUUUUGGCUGCCAGAUGCAUCGCGAAUCCUGCUCAACGAUGCCAUCCGCAGGGCGAAAGAUCUCAAGCUGCACCGGAACUUUCUAAGACUCACAGAGCCAGCGCUGCUGGCAGCCACCUCGCCCGGCUCAGUGGUGGACAUUACUGAGAUUCGAGACAGAGUCCGCCUUUGGUACUUGCUGUACAUCUGCGAUCAGCACUUGAGUAUACUGCAUAAUCGAGACCGGAUUCUGAGGCAAGAAAAGGAAGCCGUUGAGAAUAGAGAACUCUUUAUCGCAGGCGGAGAGCCUGUGACAGCCCAAGACGUUCGAGUCAUGUCCCAAGUCUGCUUGCUGGUAAUUAUGGGCCAGGUCAGAGAUGUCUUUGGCAGCGAAUCCAUCAAACCAGUGUCAAGGACCUUGACUGUGCAAUUAGCACACUUCGCGCGAGAACUGGAUGCUUGGUAUGCUAGAUGGUCUUCCAUCUUCGAACCUGAUAAGCAUAUUGGAUCUUUCCCUCUGUCUGGCCUCACCGUUCACUGGCAAUUUGCCAAACUCUACCUCGGUCAUCAUGUCUUUCGCGGGAUCGAGAACGACCCAAUCCCGACACACUUUCUCACCGCCGCGACUACAGCACGCGAUGCUGCAAUUACAAUCUUUACGAUGAUUGCCGAAGACGAAUCCUUUCGCAACCAUCUAAACGGCAUGCCAAUAUACUUCCAUGUCAUGAUCUCCUUCGCCGGACAGUUCCUGAUGGGGAUUUGCCUGAAGUAUGGACAGCAACUCGGCAUCGAUGUGGAAGGGGAAUUUCGGCGCAUCAGUGCUGCACUCGCAGUGUUCGCUCGCACACCAGCAUUACCUUCACAUCCAAUCUCGCGUAUGACCGCCGGAUUGACAAGGAAGUUGAACGAAUGCGCAGCUGCUCUGGGGAUAACGUCAAUAUUGACUGAAAGUCCCUUCGCACACAACCAAGACCUCUUGGCAAGCAGGGCAGACCUGGCCGCGGCAAAUGCCAACGGAGACAACAUUCACAGCACAGUGUUCGAUCUUCAAGCUGCAAACGGGUUGCCGGAAGACUUCUUGUACGCUGGCUUUGGAGAUAUGACGUUUCCUGAUACGCAGUUCCACUAUACGACUUGA